GGCAUCUGCCAGUGGGACUUCAAUGGAAUGUGAAACCAAAUCAUUUUCAAGUUAAAGAUAGACACAGUAUACACCAGGAUCUAGAAGCUGGAUUUUAAACUCCUAUCUCUCCCUAGAAUUUCAGAGAGUUCUGUUAAGAUCUCUGUAGUAAUUAACCAUUUGGUCGGGGCUUGUUUUCGAAGUCAAUGUGCUCAGAAUUCACGUAUGUUCUGGAUGUCCUGGAAUUAAAAGGAUUUAGGAGCUCAUGAUGUGCAUACUCUAGGAUAAAUGAAGAUUUACCGAUCCCUGGAUGAAGUGCUCGGAAAGUCUUUAAAUGCCAUAGUCAACUGCCAUUUCAAAGAAGAGAAAAUAGAUGGUUUUGGAAAGUUCAUGCUGUUUCUUCAUUGAAUUUUAGAAUGAUUGAAGAUAGUGGGAAAAGAGGAAAUACCAUGGCAGAAAGAAGACAGCUGUUUGCAGAGAUGAGGGCUCAAGAUCUGGAUCGUAUCCGACUCUCCACCUACAGAACAGCAUGCAAGCUUAGGUUUGUGCAGAAGAAAUGCAACUUGCAUCUGGUGGACAUUUGGAACGUCAUAGAAGCGUUGCGGGAAAAUGCUCUGAACAACCUGGACCCUAACAUAGAACUCAGUGUGGCCCGCUUGGAGGCUGUGCUUUCCACCAUUUUCUACCAGCUCAACAAACGGAUGCCAACCACUCACCAAAUCCAGGUGGAACAGUCCAUCAGCCUGCUCCUUAACUUCCUGCUGGCAGCCUUUGAUCCGGAAGGCCAUGGUAAAAUUUCAGUAUUUGCUGUCAAAAUGGCUUUAGCCACGUUGUGUGGAGGGAAGAUCAUGGACAAAUUAAGAUAUAUUUUCUCAAUGAUUUCUGACUCCAGUGGGGUGAUGGUUUAUGGACGAUAUGAUCAGUUCCUGCGGGAAGUUCUCAAACUACCCACGGCGGUUUUUGAAGGUCCUUCAUUUGGUUACACAGAACAGUCAGCUAGAUCCUGUUUCUCUCAACAGAAAAAGGUCACCUUAAACGGUUUCUUGGACACACUCAUGUCCGACCCUCCCCCGCAGUGUCUGGUCUGGCUGCCCCUUCUGCAUCGGCUGGCAAAUGUAGAAAAUGUCUUCCAUCCGGUGGAAUGUUCUUACUGCCACAGCGAGAGUAUGAUGGGAUUCCGCUACCGAUGCCAACAGUGUCACAAUUACCAGCUCUGUCAGGACUGCUUCUGGAGGGGACAUGCCGGUGGUUCCCAUAGCAACCAACACCAAAUGAAAGAGUACACAUCAUGGAAAUCACCUGCUAAGAAGCUAACUAAUGCAUUAAGCAAGUCUCUGAGCUGUGCUUCCAGCCGUGAACCCUUGCACCCCAUGUUCCCUGACCAGCCUGAGAAGCCACUCAACUUGGCGCACAUCGUUGAUACUUGGCCACCCAGACCUGUAACCAGCAUGAAUGACACCCUCUUCUCCCACUCUGUCCCCUCCUCAGGAAGUCCUUUCAUUACCAGGAGGUCACCUGAGGGGAUAAGUGCAUCCAGCCCUGUGGCUGAAGAGCAUUCGCUCAUAAAGCUGUAUGUAAAUCAGCUUGACCACGGCUCACGCUCUCCUCCCAAGGACAGUGAAGUAGAGCAGAACAAACUGCUGGCUAGGGCUGCUCCAGCUUUUCUGAAGGGCAAAGGGAUACAGUACAGCCUGAAUGUGGCAGACAGGCUGGCUGAUGAACAUGUUCUCAUCGGGUUGUAUGUCAACAGGCUCCGGAACAACCCACCAUGCAUGCUUGAGAGUUCGAACCGGCUCGAUGAAGAACACAGACUGAUCGCCAGGUACGCGGCAAGACUGGCAGCAGAGUCCGCUUCGUCUCAGCCGACGCAGCAGAGAAGUGCUCCUGACAUCUCCUUCACCAUUGAUGCGAAUAAGCAACAGAGGCAGCUGAUCGCAGAGCUAGAAAACAAGAACAGAGAAAUCUUACAGGAGAUCCAGAGGCUGCGGCUAGAGCAUGAACAAGCUUCUCAGCCCACUCCAGAGAAGGCACAGCAAAACCCCACUCUGCUGGCAGAACUCCGGCUCCUCAGACAGCGCAAGGACGAACUGGAACAGAGAAUGUCUGCUCUCCAGGAGAGCCGGAGAGAGCUAAUGGUCCAGUUAGAAGGUCUCAUGAAGCUACUAAAGGAAGAAGAACUGAAGCAGGGAACCCAGGGGGCAGGCUCUCCUCGCUCCUCCCCCAGCCACACCAUCAGCAGGCCCAUCCCCAUGCCUGUGCGGUCCGCGUCUGCCUGCUCCAGCCCGUCCCACACGCCUCAGGACUCCCUCACGGGGGUAGGGGGUGAUGUUCAGGAGGCGUUUGCACAAAGUUCAAGAAGAAAUUUAAGAAAUGACUUACUGGUAGCAGCAGAUUCCAUCACUAACACCAUGUCCUCUCUUGUGAAAGAGCUGAAUUCCGAGGUGGGGAGUGAAACUGAGAGUAAUGUGGAUUCUGAAUUUGCACGGACUCAGUUUGAGGAUCUGGUUCCAUCGCCAACCACUGAAAAGGCUUUUCUAGCACAAAUCCACGCCCGAAAACCUGGGUACCUCCACGGUGGUGCUACCCCCAGCACCAUGCGUAGUGACGUAUUUGCUCCCAAACACCCCUUGUGGUGUAUUCCCAGGGUCACAGAAGAUGGGGACCCCUACGUGCAGCCAGAGGAUGAGGACUAUGAAAACGACUCUGUCCGGCAGCUGGAGAAUGAGCUCAAAAUGGAAGAGUACCUGAAGCAGAAGCUGCAGGAUGAAACCUACCAGGUCAGCUUGCAAGGUUGAAUACAAUAUCCUUUUAUCACUCUCCUCUCAAGUGUUUCUGUGUUCUGUGUGAUAAAAUAUCCUCCUUCCCUGCUGAUGUCAAAGAAUCAUCCCAGCCUGUGGACCAUUUCAUUAUAAUCCAGUGGAGAUUUGGCAGACAAUCUUGGGAAUUGACUUUUUACUCUAUUAAUUAGGAAAAUUGGCACAGAGACUUCUGUAACACCAGAGAUGCCCCCGAAAUCUUCUAUGGCUGUGAAGCCUCAUCACCAAUCCACUAACAGCAUCUGAGUUUGCAGCCUCUCUGUCCCUUGAGAAGGAAAAGUCCAGGCUUGCUCAUCACAUCCAGAGAUGGGUCAGCCUCUUAUCAUGCUGUAUUCAAAACCCAAAGAUCAAAUGUGUGUGCUUUAACAAGUAAAGGCAAAACCAUGUAUUAUUUAAAAAAAAAAAAAAAAAAAAAAGCAAAACAGAGAGGAGAAAUUCUGCAGCCUUAUAUUUUUGGAAUAGUUGAUUCAGAUUCACUGUGGAAUUCACUGUGGAAUUAAGAUACAGCUUAAUUUAAAAUAUCAUUUACAUGGCAUGUGGUUCCCCACCCCCGAGGACCUACCUACAUACAUGGGAAAUCCUCAGUAAUGUGUUUAAUGUAGAGAGAAUAGCACUGGAUUGGCAGGACCACUUGAGUGUAGCCAUCUGAAGCUUAGACUCUGGACCCUAAUAGACCUGAUUUCAAAUACGGAUUCCACCAAAUCACAGCAGCAUAACCUUGACAGAUUAUUAAACCUCUGUGAACCUCUGUUCCCUCUGCACCACAUAUAUCAUGAUACCUCACAGUGGAGUUGUCUUCACCGGGGUGUAGUUUUUAAAGAGUUUAACAUCGUGCCAGACACACCAUAAUUUAUUAUGAGCACACACAUACGUGCCUGGAACCAUGCUUAGUGCUUUACAAGCAGUUUCAUCCUGGGGAGCUGCUGUAGUUAUUUUGUAAGUGUAUGGGAACGUCCGGGACUCAGAACCAGCUUGCUCUCUGUAUUUUUAUAAAUAAAGCUAGGACUCAGCUAUGUGCAAAUAAUUUUAUACACCUUUGGCCACCCUGUCUCAUAAGUCUAGCUCCUUUCUCUGGCUCCAGCCAAUGGCCCUUUAGCUGUACCCCAUAUGGUUCAGAGUAAAUGCACCUCUCACAGUCUCUGGCUGGCAGGGCCCCGGGACUUGUACCUACCUGAGUGAUGUAGUCUUUCCCACCCAUAGAUUUCAUAAGUCUAUCCGACAGAUGGUAGUAAAGUCCACUCUGGCUGCUAAAUUUAAAAAGGAAUAUAUAGCUCUUAAAUGACAAAUCAACUUGAAAAGAAUACAUCCUAACUCACGCAUUACUGACUGACCCGUCUCAAUCCUCAGGUUAGGAUUAAGCAAGUCGAAAUCGUGACAUAACUGCUGUUAAGGAAUAUACUUUAGGAGCUUUGAGGCCUUUUUAGUGUGAAAAGAAGGAUCUGACUGUCUGCAUUCUAGUCUACCUCCCUUGGAUUUGAGAACGCCACAGCACAUGCUCUCCUGAUUCAUUAUGACCACGGUGAAAAAAGUCCCAGGAGCUGUUUCUGAAAAUAUCUAUUCCGGUUCUAACAAAUCUAGUCCCAAAGGAGCAAGCCUCUCCUUUAACAGCAUUUUCUUUCUCUUAGUGCCAGCGAUUGGAUCGUUUUUAUUCUGCACAUUAUUUAAACAUCAGUAACUAGUUCUUAGAAAAAUAUUUUUCUUAAAAUCUAAUGAAACGUCUUGACAUAAACUCAGAUAAGAAUUGGCAUUUGGGUCUUCUACCUAAAAGCCAAAGAUCUCAGUUCGCUAAAAGUUCUCAGGCCAUUUUUUUUUUCAUCUUUUGUUGUCAAUCUGGCGGUGAAAAAUUGAAACAGUCGUGGCCUCUGCCAUUUCCUACCUCCCCAGCGGGCAUUCCACAGGACUCUAAACAUGAACUAGCCUGUCACUAAAUCAGCUCCUUAGGCCAAAUUUAUUUAAAAUCUUCUGGAUCAGUCCAGAAGCCAGUGACUUCUCAUCUUUGUGGCUAGUUCUAUCCUAGUAUAAUUUUUCUUGAGGCAGCCAAGAAAUACAGCUGAAAUCUUGGAACCGUUUAUGCUAUUGAAAUCGAUUUGUCUGGGCUUUCUGAUU